AAAAUUUGUUGUACACAAAAGGUAAUCUUUAAGGAAAAUUGACUUUGAAGUGACCCUUUUGAGUAUAUUGACUUUUUUUGUUUGGUUGUGAAAAAGAUUAAAGUGACUAGUAAGGAUUUUCCUUUUUAUAUUAUUUUAUUUAUUUACCUUGAAGUACUGUAUAUGGAUAUCUCGUUUCUGCUAAUGGGUUUUGUUUUGAAGGGUCUCAUCGUGCCAUGUGGGGAGCACAGAUGUGUUGUACAUGAUUUGGUAAUUCCUAGGCUUUGAGGUUGUAAAAUGAUAAUGGAAAACAAGGGUUUUGCUUCUUUCAAGAGAAUCAGUUGCAGAUAAGACCAGACUGUUUGGUGUAAGAGAAAACAAAAAAAAUACCAUAUUUACUAGGUCUUUAAAGUAAAGGCUGUGCAAGGGAGGGAAACUAAAGGGGCUAGUAAUUUCAGUGCCAAAGUCUUACCAGAGCUCAUUACCAUAGGGUUACUUGCAUUUUUCCUUGGAAGCUCAGUCAGAAAAUCUUUUAGCUCUGGAAAGUCUCUUUUGCUACCCCUAAAAGUUUCUACUUGGUUAGGUCCUUCUCUUUCAUCUUCUUUGAUGAGUAUAUGAAAAUGGAAAAACCAGCUGAGAAUCAAAUCUGUUCCUUAAUGUGGUUUUCCAGAACCUCAUUGCUAUGUGUUGCAGUCCUUGUUCCAGUCUUUGCUUACUUUCUCAGUUUUGGGUUCUAUCCCUCCCUUGUUACCAUUCCAAUUUUGGUUCUAUCAACUUUGUUUGUUGUCACAUUCAGAAAGAAAAAUGUGAUUUUGGAUGAGAAUCCAGUCCAAGAUGAGGGUCACAUCUGUGACCAGAAACACCUACUUGGAAAGGAAGUUGGUCAGACUCAGACACCACAGCCACUUCUAGAAACAGCAAUCCAACCUGAGGUUACCCAACAAAAUGAAGUUGGUGUGAUGCAUGAGUACAAAGUUGAGUCACCCCCAGAUACUCUUUUUCCUUCAGACAGUGAAAGCAGCAAUGAUUCCUUAGUUGGUGAAAAUUUUGAGGUCAAUUUGAUGUGUUCCAACCAUAUGGAUCAAGAUCUAGCAAUCUCAGAUGGUUCAGUUUCUGAUGAAGAUGAUGAUAGCCUCAUUGAAAUCUCCCUCCCAGGCAGCAAGUCUGGUGGCCUAGAUGAAGAGCCAAAGCAAAAGGCACAAUCAAAUUUGCCAGAUCUCUUGCCAGAGUCUAUUUUUCAGCAGCAAGGCUUAAUGGAACUCCUAGCAGAGAUUAAUGAGAUGAAUGAGGAAGAAAAUUUGAUAGAGAUUGACCUUUCAAUGGGCUCCAUCAAUCAAGUGUUCCAAGGUUAGAGAUUGAAGAAUGAGUUGUCAUUAUCAAGACUCAAGAGGUCAACAUGUUCUAAAUUUUGAUCUCCAUGAAUGAUGCUUAGAUUAAUGGAUAGGGUUGCUCUUCUUUUUUUAAUUUUUAUUUAUUUAUUUAAUGCUGAACCUUAUGAAAAUAUUGCGUUUUCAUUAACUUGGCUUUCUCUGAAGGCUUCAAUUCUGAUUAGUAAAGCAUGCCUACCACAGCCUUUUUGUAACCCCUUUAAAGUUUAUAUAUCAAAAUUCCAUUUCAUUAUGUAUU